AUGGGAGAAUCAUCGAAACCGAACAAUGAAACUCGAAAGGUUGCCAUAGUCACCGGCGCUGCGUCCGGGAUUGGAAAAGCUCUUGCCACGCACCUAAUACGUAAGGGCUGGAGAGUAGCAUGCUGCGACAUCCAGGAGGAUGCCGGUGCUGCACUGGUCGCGGAGCUUGGGAGCAAUGCUGUCUUUUUCAAGCUCAAUGUCACAGACUAUGAUAUGCAAGCCAAGGUCUUCAGUCAAGUUUGGGACAAGUGGAAGAGGCUAGAUGCUCUUCUGGCAAAUGCAGGCCACUCGGACAGGAGCUCGAUUUAUAUUCUAAAUCACAGAGGGAAGACAGAAAUACCACCUAAACCUGCCCUUCUGUCCCUAAAGGCCUGUUACGAAAGCUUUCUCUACGGGGUCCAGCUAGCGAUUCACUUCAUGAGAAUGAAUGAUGUACCUGGAGGGCAAAUCGUUGCGACAUCGACAAUCGCCUCGAUCCAUCCGCAUCAAACAUUCCCGGAAUACUGUGGUGCAAAAGCAGCUGUGAGUUCUCUUAAUCUCACCCAUCAUUAUGAUUGUCCAAGACUGAGUUUUCGGCCUAUUAUGCGCAAAGAUCAAUCAGUUCGUGCGAACAGCAGCACCGGUUCUGAAAUUGGUAAGAAGAUUCGUGUUGGAGGGGUAAAGAGUGUGUUGACCAUCUUGCAGAAAGAUAACAUUACCUUGAACGCCGUACUUCCAGGUAUUGUGGCGACCGGGGCUGUUCCUCAGGCUUCUCUUGACGCAACCGAUCCAGCGCACCUCACGGCAGUUGAAACCGUCGUGGAAGCCUAUGAUAAAUGCCUAACCCAACCAAACUUAAAUGGGCAACUCGUUGAGUGCUCAGUUGAUAAGCACAUAUUUCUUCCCUUGCUAGAACUAGGAAAUGGAGAUGCGACAAAGAGAGCCUGUACGGUCUGGGAACCUCUAUUUGAGCAGAAACAUGGCGAGAAAUCAGGGUUGCCGGGGGCUAUUCUGUAA